CUUUAUCACGUUACAUUACAAUCUCUUUUAAUCAUCUUUGCCAACAAACUUAAAGAUGGCUGAAGGAGAAGCAACUAUUGCUCCUAAAUCUCUUGAGGAUUUUGAUCCUCCAAAGAAGCCCAAAAGGAACAAAUUCGCUCUUGCUUGUGCUAUCUUGGCUUCUAUGACUUCUAUCUUACUUGGUUACGAUAUUGGUGUGAUGAGUGGAGCAGCUAUCUAUAUCAAAAGAGACCUUAAAGUAACCGACGUACAGAUCGAAAUUCUCUCAGGCAUCAUAAACAUUUACUCUCCCAUAGGUUCUUACAUAGCAGGGAGAUUCUCAGAUUGGAUUGGUCGGCGUUACACGAUUGUCCUCGCCGGAGUAAUUUUCUUCGUAGGAGCUAUUCUUAUGGGACUUUCUCCAAACUACGCAUUUCUUAUGUUCGGUAGAUUCUUCGCUGGCGUUGGCAUAGGUUUUGCUUUCUUGAUUGCUCCUGUCUAUAUCUCUGAAGUCUCUCCAACUUCAUCUCGUGGAUUCCUCACUUCCUUGCCUGAGGUAUUUUUGAAUGGGGGGAUUUUAGUCGGAUACAUCUCAAACUAUGGAUUUUCAAAGCUGCCACUCCGCUAUGGUUGGCGGGUGAUGCUUGGAAUCGGUGCCAUCCCUUCUAUAUUCCUAGCCAUAGCAGUAUUAGCCAUGCCAGAGUCACCGAGAUGGCUCGUUGCCAAGGGUCGAUUAGGAGAAGCUAAAAAAGUUCUUUAUAAAAUCUCUGAUUCUAAAGAAGAAGCUCAACAGAGAUUAGAUGAUAUUAAAGAGAUUACAGGGAUUCCCUCAGACUGCGACGACGAGAUUGUUUCAGUGACAAAAGUUCAAGGCAAAGGCGUAUGGAAAGAAUUGUUUCUUCAUCCUACACCGGCAGUUCGUCACAUUUUCAUUGCCUCUCUUGGUAUUCACUUCUUCGCACAAGCCACUGGCAUAGACGCUGUCGUUUUGUACAGCCCUAGAAUCUUUGAGAAGGCUGGGAUUAAAUCUGACCAAAAUAAACUUCUUGCAACGGUAGCUGUUGGAUUUGUGAAAACAGUGUUUGUCUUAGUGUCCACUUUUUUAUUGGACCGUGUUGGGAGGCGUAUGUUAUUGUUAACCAGUGUUGGUGGGUUAAUAAUCUCACUUCUUACAUUGGCGGUUAGUCUCACUAUUAUUGCUAACUCCCGUGCCACACUAACGUGGGCUAUUUGGCUUAGUAUAGCUGCAGUGUUGUCUUAUGCGGGUACCUUUUCAAUUGGGUCGGGGCCCAUUACAUGGGUUUAUAGUUCUGAGAUAUUUCCAUUGAGGCUUCGAGCUCAAGGCGUGUCUAUUGGGGCGGUGGUGAAUAGGCUCACUAGUGGAGUCAUAUCCAUGACAUUUUUGUCCCUUUCGAAGGCAAUCACCAUUGGGGGUGCAUUUUUUCUUUUCGCGGGAAUUGCAAUUGUAGCAUGGGUUUUUCACUAUACUAUGCUCCCUGAAACACAAGGCAAAACGCUGGAGGAAAUAGAAAGGUCUUUCGGUAGUUUCUGGAGGAAGCGAAAGACGAGUCCUCCUGCUGAAGGAGUGAACCGUGAAACGCAAUUAUGUACCAAUGACCAGACUAUGACAACUGAGGAUUGAUGUAGUUAUUGUUGAUAAAUUAAUGCUAAACUUUUAAUUAUACGAA